AUGUACUGCCUGCAAUGUCUCAUCCCGGUGCUGUUGAUACCCAAACCGACGAAUCCAGCCCUGAUGCAAACGCAUGUGAUGUUCAUCGUGCUCUAUCUGAUCGGAUUCUUCCUCGAGCGUAAACCGUGCACCAUCUGCAGCCUCGUGUUCCUGAUGGCCGUGUUUCUGAUCUGCAACAGUGGCGUUGGGAACUGCCUGUUCUGGGGCAACUGCGAGGGCCACACGUGCGACAACGGCUAA